UAGAAAUAUGUAACUGGAAACAGAACGUGAAACCCCAACCUAAGAUCCAUAAUAUUUUAGUGGAUUAGAAAACUUGUCUACCCACGAUUGGUCUUCACAUAAAACGAUUUUUCUUCCUUCUUCCACCUCUCCUUCUUCCUCUGCAUUUCAUUUCAUUCAUUCUAGAGAAACAGAAAUAGCAGCAGAAGUAGAAGUAGUGUUGGGAAAAGGAAGUACCAGGUUUUCGAAGCUCAAGCGAGGAACCGGGGGCGGAGCUAGGUGGUACUUCGGGUGGGCCCCGGCCCCCCGAGAUUUUUGAAAUCACGUACAAAAUUCUAUCGAGUUUUGAAGAAUUACGUAUAAAAUGAAGAUUAGUAUAAAUACAAACUGUGUGCAAUAAUGAAGCAUAUUAUUUGUGUGUAGUCCAGCGGAGCAUAAGUUGAUUGUUGUCAUUCAUGGUCUUGGUUUGAAACCUGUUGGCAGCAAAUUUUAUUGAUUUUUUAACCUUCUUAACUGACUGUGAUAAAAAAUCAUAUUUAAUUGUCUUUAACCUUCUUAAUUGAGCGUGACAAUGACCAUAUUAAUUUUCUAACCUUGUUAAUUUAGUUUUACCAUGAAGCAUAAAUUACAAAUAAAUUAUAAAUAAUAGUUUUGGCAUUUUCAUUAUCUCAAAUAUUACAAAUAAAUUAUAAAUAAAUACAAAUAUUAAUUAUAUUUUAUGAUAUAUUUUCUUCUACAUAUUACACUUUCUAAACUCCUCCCCCCCCCCCCCCCCUCGACGGUCAAAUCCUGGCUCUGCCCCUGCGAGGAACCAAGAAAAUGGCGGUGGCUUUUUGCGUGUCUUUCUCCUCCUCUACCAAGUCUUGUGCUUCACCACUUCCUCCCUCCAUCACUUGUUCUCCCUCUCUCACUCAAAGUCACUAAGCCUUGAUCUUUCCUCUUCUACUGCUAAGCUACUACAGCAUUCUCCAAGUCUUCUCCUAAUGAAGUUUUUUUGUUAGUAAGGAAGUUUAACAUAUGAUGGUGGCAAUGGCAUAAUAUGGUAUCUAUGUUUCUGUUAGAAACACGUUUUCUAAGGAAAACGGUUUCUAUAUUAUCAUUAUUAUUAGGUUUUAUUAAAUAUCUUAGUAGUCUUUUAGUAGAAUUAGGUUUAGUAUUAGGUUUUCCUAUCUUUCGUUAUAAAUAUGUACUUUGCGUUUUAUUCAUAAUCAAGCAAGAACAAUUAUUCAGAAAAGUAUCUCAAAUCCUAAUCUACCUAAUCUCUCUCAACUUCGUCACCUAUCCCUAGGCCGUCGGCCAUUCUUCUACUCGAUCCCUAAUUUCCUCUUCUAAAUCCCUAAUCCCCAAUUCUGUUCUUCCCCAAUUCUAUUUCAAUCCCUAAAUAUCUAUCAAUUCCCAAUCUUAUCACUCGAUCGUUAGAACCCUAGAAAAAGGUUUCUAACAUCUGGUAUCAGAGCCCGGUUUCGAGAAUUGAGUUUUUCACAACUCUCAACCGGGGACGAGUUUUACAACUGGUUCGACGAUGAGCUCUUCAAGGCUCUCGGACCUGUCAUGGGCGGAACUGCGGGAACAGGCCCGCCGCAUCGGACGUCGUGGGAUCCCCCGAGGAGCUACCGAUCGCACAGGAGGAAGUGAUGCCUAAGGAGACUGACGGAGAACUACCUCCGCAGCUCUCAAACCUGUCGUGGGCAGAGCUGCAUGAACGGGCUCGGCGCAUCGGCCGUCGUGGGAGCUCUGAGGAGCUACCGACCGGGAAUGCCGCCACAGCAGAAGAGCUACUGUCGGGUGUGCAGGUUGACUCAGAUGGUGAAGUUGAGAGGCGAGCAGAGCAAUCAGACGUGGAAGAUGUUUUGGCAAUCGAGCCGCCAGCAACGGAAGAGCCUCCAAACGUCACCAACAAAUGGAAGCAGCUUCCCUCGAACACCGUUGAUGACAAUUCGAAGACUGCAAUACCCUCGGUCGGGACAAAGCAGCCUUGUACUAUGGAGGCUGAAGCACAUCCGGAAGAGGGAAAAUUCGAUGGUAGUCCGGCUCGAGCGCAUCACAGAGAAAGCUGGGCGUUCAUAAGUUCACCCCCACCACCACAGAGGCGACCACUCGAUGCUCAGCGAACGUCGACCGCCGGGAAGAGGAAGCCGGGAGUGGGCGGGUCGUACCGUCGGAGGACUGGGUUGCCGCCUAGGACGGGAACACCGGGGAAGGACUGGAAGAUGAAGAAGAGACUCGCCACCAUGGGGACGAACUCGAGGGAGGAGUCCGGAUCCAGAAUUGACAGGGUACGUUAUGCAGAGGUGCCGGAGCGUCGAAACGCGCGCGGAACGCGACCAUUGGCGGUGGGUUUCGUCGCGGCGUCGAGUGGAGGUGAAGCAAAGUCGGGGGUGGAUCUAGAGGAUGACUCGUCGAUGGAGUGGGAGGCUAGGACGGAAUCGGGCUCGCCACUAGAGGAGACGAAGAGGAAUGAGGAAGGCGGCAGCGAUGAAUCUUCCUUCAUCGCGUCGUUGGACGGGCAGGCGCACACGCCGGCGGGAGUCGUGGAGACGGCGCGGCCGACAAGCAGAGGGGUGGCUGAUCAGGUGGUUCGCCACGAGAAGAAAGGGAAAUCAUGGAAGCCGGUGGCGGCCAUCGACGAGGAGGUGAUGUCGGAUUCACGAUGGGCGUCCCGCCGGAGGAGCUAUUGGCCUGAGAAGAGGACGAAGAGGGAGAUGGAGGAGGACGGCAGAGACUGCUCCCUUCUCCCGAACCCUAGCUCGCCCACAUUGGGCUGGCCGUACCAGCAGCCAUUGUUGGGCCGAGUGAUGCGGGCCGUAGGCUCUAAUGGGCUCAAUGGAGUGGUCUGGUUUGAGGAAGGCACAAUGCAGACUGGGUUGACCUGCGAGAAGGGGUUAGUGGGCCUAAUUCUUGGGUCACAAAUGGGCCAGUUUGGCAGUGGGGUGACAAGGAUAGAGGGAGUUGCUGGGCUCGACUCGGGCCAUGAGAGUCAGGAAGGGUGUGAGCCCAACAUGGGCCGUGGGUUGAGAAAUGUGAAAUGGGAAGAAGGGUUUGGAGGCUUAGUGGGUGGGCUUUCAAGGAAGAAUAGCCCAGAAGCAAUUGGAGAAGUUUUAAUACAGGCUUGUGAGCCUUCUCCAAGAAAGAAGUUCAGGGGCCUUGAGGAAUUGGCACUUAAUGAUAGAUUCCUAUACGAGAAAGUAUCCUUAACUUCUGUAAGUGGUUGGAGCAAGAUGACAACAAGAGAGAAGUUGCUGAAGUUCAAAGCUAUUAGUGGGCCGAUAGGAGUGAAAGUCAAAGAAUUAAAUCAACACAAGAAAGUCGGUGGAAGAAGCCCAAUAUCGGAGUUGGGGCACCAUUGGAAGAAACGAAAGCGCGAGAAAUGGAGGAGUCAGCGUGCGGAUUGCGCGGGAAGGAAGGAAGAGUCGGUCAAGUCGGUCAACCUUGAGGGCAAGGUUGAUCUCAAGGGGGAUGGGAUGUUAGAAACACGUUUUCUAAGGAAAACGGGUUUCUAUAUUAUCAUUAUUAUUAGGUUUUAUUAAAUAUGUUAGUAGUCUUUUAGUAGAAUUAGGUUUAGUAUUAGGUUUUCCUAUCUUUCGUUAUAAAUAUGUACUUUGCGUUUUAUUCAUAAUCAAGCAAGAACAAUUAUUCAGAAAAGUAUCUCAAAUCCUAAUCUACCUAAUCUCUCUCAACUUCGUCACCUAUCCCUAGGCCGUCGGCCAUCCUUCUACUCGAUCCCCAAUUUCCUCUUCUAAAUCCCUAAUCCCCAAUUCUGUUCUUCCCCAAUUCUAUUUCAAUCCCUAAAUAUCUAUCAAUUCCCAAUCUUAUCACUCGAUCGUUAGAACCCUAGAAAUAGGUUUCUAACAGUUUCAGAAAAGCAUAGCAAAGUCAAAGCAGUUCAUUAGGAGCCCUCCAAUAGGUAAUUCAUUCCAGUUUCGAGUUUCGACAAUGUAAACAAAUGCUGGUAGUUACUUCACUGCUGUUCAACCCACACUAUGGCCUCUUUUGACCAUCUCUUUUUACAGUGUUCAGCAUUUGCCACAAACUUGUGUUCAUUACACUAACAAAUAUCAGAAAGAUGAGAAAAGAACUUAACAUAUUUUCAAUCUAAAGAGCGGCCAAAAGAAUAAUCAAAGCAAUUCAAUAAUAGCUGUGUAAUUACUGUAUAAGCUAUACCUAAGCCCAUGGAUCAUCCCAUCCUUUGCGGUCACCUCCACUGAUGAAAUCGAUGAUUGCCUUCCAACCUGAUCAACUCUAUUUGAAAGGGAUUGAUUCCCAUGCUCGAUUUCAACUUUCUUUGCCCCUCCCAUUAUUCUUCACAGCCUGUUCCUCCUCAUCUCACAAUGGACAAAAUAAGGUUUUGAUUAAAGACAUGAAGAAAAUUUGAGAAAUUGCAGAAGAAUCAAAGGGAACUCACAUAAUCCGGAGAAAGUGGUCCAGCCGGAAAUAGAUUCCACAAUUGUGGCACUGCUUUCAUAUUUGCAAGAAGGUGUUUGAGUCGAAGCUCCAAGAAGAAGACAUCGAAAAGAACACCCUUUCGCAGUUGCUCCUCCCCAUCAUAAAUGGUGGAUUCUCACUCUCUAUGGAGUUCGGAAGAUUGAGGAAGGAUAAAAGUGAUUGGGGUAUGGGAUUGAUUAAAGCCAAGAAGGGAGAGAUGAAGAACUGAAUUGAAGUUGUAGACGAAAAAAGAAAAAUCGACGGAGAGAAGAGAGAAGUCCACACUCAAAGAGUAAGAGCCAAUAUAGAAAAAUCAUGGGAGGAGGCGUGUUGGAGUAGGUUAUGCAGAGGUUGCAACAUCGAGAAGCAAACCAGCAGAGGAUGGGAGAUGACUGAAGCGUGGCGAUUGCGGAUUUUUGGGGUGAGACGGAGAUACGAAAAGCAUGGCCACCUCUAAUUGAUGAUGCAAUGUGGCAGAGGCUUUUCUGUUCUUUGACAGUGGACAUACGCUGUUGGGCAAGGGAAUGGCUUCUGGUCACAUAAAAAUAAAGGCUUGCGGAUUUCGGGGUAAUGUCGCAAAGGAAGGCAUGGUCGACUGCUGCGAAACAGGGAAGGUACUAUUGUGUGGGAAGCUGUAUAUUAGAAGCCCUUUUUCUCGUUGCUCACAAAACUUUAAGGAGUGAAACAGUGUUAAGAAAGUAGGGAGGAAAAGCGUACCCAGCUUUCAUGUUUUAUAUAAUGUAUAAUCCGGUUAUUAAAGUAACAAAUACUCU